CGUUUCAAGAGUGGUAAUGUGACGGUUUUCUUUGAAGUAUUGUGUGCUUUUUUCUUCUUUUUCGGUGUAAAUACAUGCAAAAGAUUCAAUAUGAUGUUGAAAGAUAAUUAAACAUUGUACAGUGAGAUAUGUGUCAUAGUAUUUUCGCUGCGCACGUAAUCUAUUGCUGCUCCGCGGUGCUAAACUAUAACCUCUCUUCUGUCGGAGGCGUCUAAGUGACUCAUAAUCGUUCAGCUUUUAAUUUUGGCGUGAUGGAGAAAAACGUGGUGUUUGCGCCUUCGGCGCCUCCUCCGCCCUCGGCACCCCCUUCGUACGAGGAGGCUGUUGGAAAUGCAUCUCGCAUGCCCGUUCCACCGAUUACACCGUAUCCAGUAGGACCAUCUUCCAUGCCAACACCUGGACCACCUCUUACCAGUGAACCUACGUCGCAGCCGCUGCCGCACUAUAAUGCAAACCCAAACCCGGCGCCAGCCCCAGCGCCGGAUGUACGGAUGACCUAUUCGGUGAUCUAUGAACUGAGCCCGAAUCCAGUAAAAAUGACCUGCCCGACGUGCCAUGCCAGCAUCAAGACCACCACGAUACAAGAUCACAAGCCGAGUGCUCACCUCUGUUGCAUCGUACUUUGUCUACUUGGAUGUUGCCUUUGCUCGUGUCUGCCGUACUGCAUCAGCAGCUUCAUGAACGUUCAUCAUUUUUGCCCGAAGUGCAAAAACUAUAUCGGCACGUGCAAGGGUUGAAUGGGUAUUCCAAAUACUGCGUACUUUAAUACAUUGUUACGGUCUCUUUUAUGUAACCAGACAGUGUUAUCCAGGCGGGAUGGGAGUUUUAGAAGAUAUUUCCCUGCUUGUUCGCGUAUUAAGUUAAGAAAAACACGAACGAUUCGAUUGAGAUUAUCGUAGGAUCGUAUCGAAUACACUAUGUAUGACGCUUAUUCCUUGACGAAUGUCACUUGUAACGCGUGAUAGUCGGGAUUAUUAUAAAUUUCGUGGGAUGUAGAAUGGGUGGUUGAGUAUGCGUGUACCAGGUUUGCAGACAGCGAGUGAGAUCGGAAUCUCUUGUUAAAGUAUUUUCCAGCAUUCAACUCGGGAACAGCGUUGUUCCCGUUUGCAUUUCCAAUAUUUCCUAGCCUUAGAUAUUUUUUUCUCCGGGAGAAACAAGUAGAAAAAUGUUUGCUCGAAACCGCGAAAGAAAGAACGUUUCCUUCCUUUUUUUCGCCUUUUCGACUCGAUCACGUGUAACUUCUGAAUCUUAUUCUCUUGUUUCUUUCGACGUGCAUUCCAUUGAUAAAAGAGCGAGCAGAAUGUGUGUGAGCAGAAUGAACAAUCGUUCGCCUCCUGUCUACAACAUUUCCAUUCGUAUUUAUUUUUGUAUUUUAUUGGUGCUUCCGGGACUUUCAGUGAAACAUAUUCCUGCAUAAUUAUAAAUGUGUAUAGACGGUAUUCCUAUGAAGGAGGUAUUUUUAAGUGAACCAUAGAAAGGAUUUACGAGUAUGAGAACAGGAUCCGAAUUAUAUUGGAGAUAAAGAUGGUUCACCUUGUGUUUCGUGCUCGAAUGAUAUAUAGUACUCUGUUCAAGUUAUUUACAUUGAAUAUAUUGAUUCAACGUUUCAAAUGACGUCUCUUAUGUAAAGGAAAACUCGAAAUAAAAAUAAUUUUGUGGAUA